AUGCUGUAUGACAGGUCGUCCGUCACUGCAAAAGACCGGGAUGACCCACCCGCGGGUGGACGGAGAAUGCUGAAGGAGAGGAUUCACGUGGCACACGUGCACAGCCCCAGUCCAGGUUGCGCGAAGGUCGUCCGAAGCGGCGGCCAGUGGUUUGUGGAUGUACCCAUCGUCUCGAAUCAAGUGGUGGUGCUUGCGUUGAGUUGA